AUGUCGUCUGUGGUUAAUCUAGGCAGCAAUCAUAACAACGCCGCCAUUGCGCAUGCGUUGUUGAUUAAUGCUAGUCAAACAAAUUUUAUUAGAUCAACAUAUACAAGUAGUUAUUAUCCAAAUUGGACUAUAUCACAUAUACCUGGUCCGGCAUCAUCGUUUUUAAUAUCAACAAAAGCUAAUUUAACAAAUGAUAGAUUUUAUCCAUUUUGGUUAUUAAUUCUAAUAGCCGUAUUUGGUAGUAUAACAUCAGUAUUAACAGUUCUAGGAAAUAUUCUUGUAAUGCUUGCAUUUUUUCUUGAUCGACAAAUUCGACAGCCAACAAAUUAUUUUAUACUUUCACUUUCUGUUAGUGAUUUUCUAAUCGGCCUUUUAUCAAUGCCUUUACUUACAAUAUACAUCUAUGCAAAAGAGUGGCCAUUAAAUGCAAUUAUAUGUGACAUAUGGCUUUCACUUGAUUAUACUGUUUGUUUAACUUCAAUUUAUACAGUAUUAUUUAUAACAAUCGAUCGAUUUUGUUCAGUUAAAAUGCCAGCUAAGUAUCGUAAAUGGCGUACGAAACGAAAAAUUAAUAUUAUGAUUGCUAUUACAUGGGCAGUACCUACUCUUAUUUUUUUUACAUCAACUAUGCUUUAUCCACGUGUAAAAGGAAUUUCAAAUAUGCAAAAUGGUGUUUGUGACGUUCAAUGGAAUAAAAAUCAUGUAUUUAAUUUAUGUUUAACAAUUGGUUAUUUUUGGACGACAUUAUUUGUUAUGAUUGUUUUAUAUAUUUUUAUAUAUGGUGUUGCAAGUAAUUUGGAAAAAAAAUCUCAAGAAAAUGCCCGUAAAACAUCUUCACUUGUUGGCAUGGCUGGUAGUACAAUGACACAAAUAGGCGUUGGUAUUGGAGUAAAAAAGUCUCCGACAAAACUGCAUGUUGAUAAACAAAGUUAUAAAAUAGAUACAACAACAAAUGAUAAUGAUGAUGAUCAAAAUAUACUUCAACAAAAAAGGUUACAUCAACAAUUAAGUGAUAAUUCAUCCGAACGACAGCCGACAAAUGAUGGUGGGGAUGAUGAUAUUUCCAAUUCAUAUGAAUCUCAUUCUGAUCAUGAUUUUAAUCAUAAAAAAGAAAAACGAUUUCAUUUUUCAAAUGAUAAAAAAUCUCAUAUAGUUCGUCGUGGUAUGAGUGUUAAUUCGGGUAGUGAUUCAACAAUAGCUAUUAAUUUAACUUCAUCAAAAAAUCAACAUUUUCGUAGACAUUUUAAUCAAAAACAAUCAUCAAAUGUUAAAUCAUUUGCAAAUUCAUUUCAUCGUAAUCCAAUACACUUAAAUACUUUAUCAUCAACAACGAAAACUAAACUUAAACAACCAACAACUGCUACACAACCAUCAGUUACUCUUACACCAAUACCAUCAGAACCUGAACUUUCAUUAUGUCGUAUUUAUGCUCCACCACAACCACGACCUGAAUCAUUAGCAACUAUGCCAGAAGAAUUAUUUCAUGAAAAAUUAAAAGCUCGUCAUGUACCAGUAUCUUCGAUAAUUGAACCAUCACAACAUUCAACAUCAAUAAUUAAUGAAAACUUAUCAACUAAUUUCCAAUCAACACCAUCAAUACUUUUAGAUAAAAGUUCUACACAAGAUAUUAAUCAUUCAAAUCAAACAAUAGUAGAUGAAAAACAAGAAUAUAAUCUUAUUGAAAUAAAUUCAACAUCUCCUAUUUCUCAAGCACAACUAACUGUUAAACAAAUUGUAAAUAAUAUUGAUGAAUCAUCUGAUGAAAGUUGGCGUUUACUUAAUAGUAAUAGUAGUCUUGAUAUACCUUAUAUUGAUGAAACUGAUUUUGAAGAUUUAGCAUCUCUAUCGACUACUACUACUAAUAAUAAUAAUAAUGAUAAUAAAAUUUAUGAAAUCUAUGGUAAUCAUCAAGAUGCUCAUAAAGCAAUACUUGAAUCUCCAAUAUUUGAGAGUGUUGAAUUGAUAACUUAUGCUUGUACAAAUUCAGAUCCGUCCUAUGAAAAUAUACCAAUACGACAUCGUAGUUUACGUCAUGUACCAUGUGAAGUUUUACUUAAAACGGGAUCACAGUCAGAAUCAUUACCAAUAUCAUCAAAUGACAUAAAUAAAACAUCAUCUAUAAUUUUCGUUUCUAAAGCCAAAAUUCCAUUACCUCAAACAUCAACAUCUCUAGCAUUAUCAUCUUCAACAAAUCGACAUGCUGAUGUUGAACGUGCAUUAAUUGAUUUCUAUCAAUGUUGUCAAAUAAAUGAUACUGAUGAUAAUCUAACAAAUAGUGAAAGUGAUUUAUUAUCAAAUUAUAAAGAAAUAAAUCAAAACACAUCAUCAUUAUUAUAUCUCAAUGAACGAUAUUCAUCAGCAUUUAUUGAUGAUGAAUAUAAUUAUCAAUGUAAUAAUAACUUAAUGAAAAUGAUGAUAUUAAAUAAAACAAAUCUUGAUACAACAAGUGAUGAACAAACAUUAACAAAUAGUAUUAGUUUAAAUACAUAUAGUCAAGAUUUUUCUGUUGAUAAAAUUUUUCAACAAUUUAAUCUAAAUGAACAAUUAUCACGAAAUAGUUGGCCUAGUUCAUCAACAUCAUCACAAGAUAGACAAAUACCGCAACAUUUAUUAACAGCUAUUGACAAUAAAUGUAAUACAUCAUCAGAUUCUGAUGCAAUUACAACAACAACAACAUUAACAGCAAGUACAUUAUAUGGAGGAUCAGAUAAACGAAAAAUAAGUGAAGAAUUAAAAAAUGUUGAACGUUCUCCAAUAUUAAAAAAACAUCAUUCCGAUACAUUUCUAAAUGAAACUGAUUCAUUAUUAUUAAAUAAUCGAAUUCCAUCAAAAGUAACAUUUGAAAGUUUUGUAAUGCAAAAUUCUGUUACAUCAUUACCAAAAACAAAAGAUCAAAGUGUUAUGGCACAAAUUGAUAUAAAAGGUCAAAUGAAUUAUUUGAAUAGUACUCACGAACAAAUUGAAAAUGGAAAUGAUAUUAAAAGUGGACGACCAUCUUUGGCUACUGAAGGAACAAUGACAGGCAUGACAAGUUCUAAUUCAGCAAAAUCAAGUAUUAAAGAACUUAUGCAAAGUCAAAAAUCAAGUCAUAGAAGAAAAUCUAAAUCACAAAAUAGAGCUAGAAAAGCUUUAAGAACAAUUACAUUUAUUCUUGGUGCUUUUGUAGUUUGUUGGACUCCAUGGCACAUCUAUUCAGCAAUUCAUUCAUUAUGCGAGUCGUGCAAAAAUAAUUGGAUAUUUUCAAAUCCAAUGUUUCAUUGUUUUUAUUUUCUUUGCUAUCUUAAUUCACCAAUCAAUCCAUUUUGCUAUGCAUUAGCUAAUCAACAAUUUAAAAAAACAUUUACACGAAUAUUAAAAUUAGAUUUACGUCGAUUAUAA